AUGGCUGGGCCUUAUCGCCCUCUGUCAGAAUGUGACAUACGCUGCUGAAGGAAUGUCGGAGGCACAGUGCAACUCCGCUAGGCAGCUCCACGCAGUGCUUCCUGAGGUCUUACCUGAGUGUGGUUAUCAACCUUUAAUUCCAAAUGCGGAGACGACAUCUGGCGACUCGCUUUACGAGAUCCUAGGACUUCCGAAGACAGCCACCGGAGAUGAUAUUAAAAAGACUUACCGGAAACUCGCACUCAAAUACCAUCCCGACAAGAACCCGGACAAUGUGGAUGCGGCUGAUAAGUUCAAGGAAGUCAACCGGGCCCACUCGAUAUUGAGCGACCAGACGAAGCGCAACAUAUACGACAACUACGGCUCUUUGGGCUUGUACAUAGCCGAGCAGUUUGGCGAAGAGAAUGUCAACGCAUAUUUCGUGGUCACUUCACCGGCUGUAAAGGCGGUGGUUAUCUGCUGUGCCGUGAUCACUGGUUGCUGUUGUUGUUGCUGCUGCUGCUGCUGUUGCAACUUCUGCUGCGGCAAGUUCAAGCCGCCGGUCAACGAGUCGCACGACCAGUAUUCACAUCUGAAUCGCCCCGAUGGCAAUCGAGAGGGCAACGAUAUGCCACCGCAUCUGGGACAGCCGCCACGCCUUGAGGACGUUGAUCUAGACGACGUUAACUUGGGUGCGGGCGGAGCCCCCGUUACCUCACAGCCGCGCGAACAGGCCGGAGGCCAGCCUGUUUUCUCCAUGCCGCCGCCCAGUGGAUCCGUGGGAGUCAACCCCUUCACCGGCGCCCCUGUAGCAGCUAACGAGAAUACGUCGCUAAACACAACGGAGCAGACCACUUACACGCCAGGUAUAUAAGCAGUUGGUCCAGAAGUCAACCUCACAGCCAGCCUCCGCCAGUUUGGCAAUCCGACAAAGCGUCUUUGACCAUCGAACUUGUUAUUGUGCAUAUAUCGAACAAAUAUUGUAUACUUCGGUCGCUGGAUAGGUGGCGCAGGCAUUCAGUCACCAGUCGACAUACCCCGUCCAGCGAUCAGAUCAACACCUCCUUAGCAGUAAGCUCGUGUAUCCGGCAAGGUAUUUUUUAGACACUUCCUGUACAUGUAAGGUCCCACAUGCGUCCGCGAACAUGGGAUCCAUUCACUUAGAUCUGCAUGCUGAAUCACUUUACCACACACUGCCCGAGCUGCGGGAUGACCAAUGCCUAGAUUGAUUGACUCAGCCUUUCGUUCCUUAGGUCUACGCCAGCCGUACUCAAGUCCCCCAUUUUAAAGACCUCCUUUCAAGAUUGUUUUCCAAGCUUUCGCAAAUUAAAUGAAAUGAUAAUUUUAAUUUCCUUAUGGAUUGCCUUGGAUUACUGUGAUCCUGCACCGCCAUAUGUUUUAUGAAGGUCUCAAGAUAUAUAAUAUGAAUGUAGCUUAAGCUUGACGGAUUUUAGUUUUAUCGUUUGUUAUGCAACGCGUACAUUUUAAUUUCAUUUCACUUAUCACUGUCUACUUCUCUCUCCCUCUCUCUUCACUCUAGAUAUGGUUAAUCAAAAAUAUUAGUCAAGUGCUGCGAGCGAGUCAAGACCCGGGUGCAUGCGUACACCACACAUUCAGAUACAGACACAGAAAAUACAAGCCCCUAAAUCGUAACAGAAGAGAAAACCAGAUUUAUUUCAUAAUUAUUAGUGUUGUUUUUAAGAUGCGCGUAUGUUGAAGCGAGUAAACAUAGAAACCAAUGUAUUUAUUUUAAGCCGUAGCACUUAGCUCUAAUUUUAAACUAUCGAACUUCGUGGCCGCCCUCCGGUCAGUCAGGUUGAUCUUGGUCCACUUCGGGCAAUCGAUUCACCAAUUCCAUUGUUCAAGCCAUGCAUCUAGCCUGGCAGCUGUACCACUAUACCACUCGAAUCGAUAGCCAAGCCGCGCAGCCACCACUCCACCUAUCCAGCCAUGCUAAAACACCAAAACACCCUGCGGUGUUGAUGAAAUUGUAUAUCGGAAGUUAGUCUAGACAUUUGCUUGGGGAUCGGAUCCCUUCCGGCUUAGCCCGUGAGUUGGGAUUCAGUCGCGAAGAGAGGCACUGUAAUUAUAUAUAUGUAUAUGAUAUGUGUAUCUAGUUUGCAUUUGUGUCGUCGCUUAGUCUAGCUAAAUUGUUCGCGAGAUCGCCUCUUCACCGAUUGUUUCUGUUAUUUUGCACUAAAUUGUUAAAGCCAGAACUACUUAUGUAAAAAGGAUGAAUUGUCGAGCGACGCGCCCAGCAGAUUGCUCCGAUCCGAUUCUAAUGCAAAUGUAAAUACGAGUUAAACGAUUAAGCAUCACACAGUUAAACAGAGGAGGACGAAGAAGAGGACACUGUGAAGGGCGAACUAAUUAACGCAAAGAUAAAUUAUAUAACAGAUAUUAAUAAUCCCCUCUAUAUAUAUAUAACAAUUAAAUACGAGUAAUCAAAAGUUGAAUUGUAACCCCCGAAAGUAUUGCACAUAUGUAUGUAUUCCAAAUUGUUUCAAAAUUGAAUUGUAUCUAUUUGAUUUUUGUUUGAUUGUUAACCCGCUUUUAAAUGUAAAUGAAUGCGAUUAGUCCAGCAGUAAUUAACUUUUAUAUAGUAGUAUCCCAUUCUAAAUCAUUGACAUCAAUUAUUGCCGAUCAGCUCCGGGCCAGGAUAAAAGUCCUUGGGCGCCGUGAUCUUGGGCCGGGAUCCGAGGGUCGCCGGCUCAUCUAUAGUAUAAACACGCAUACAUAUAUAAAAUUCAAUUAUUGAUAAUUACAUUUAACGGUCUUGCGUGUGUAUUUAUUGUUCGUACAAGUCAAAGCAAAAAUACUAAGUAAACUAAAUUUAAACUUAACAAUUGUUUCCAAAUUUCAAUUGUAUUCUGGUCUAACGCGAAGAAGCCGAAAUAAAUUUACUAUACAAACUCA